CGUAGGUUCGAUGCUACUCAAUUGACGGUCCAGCUGGCCGGAGACCGCGCAAUCGUAGGCAACCUUGGCCCGACGUCGGACGAGCUAUGGCACGCCGGACAUCGCGACCGGAACUUCUACACCUAUGGCAACAUGGGUCUCUGCUCCUCCCUGGCACUGGGGAUGGCGCUGGCGACAGACGAGCAGAUCAUUUCGCUGGACGGCGACGGUUCGCUCCUCAUGAACCUGGGGGCGCUGGCGUCCAUCGCACGCGAGAAGCCCAAGAACCUGAUCGUAGUCGUUUACGACAACGAGGAAUGGGGUCAGACGGGGCACCAGAUGAGCCACACUGGCACAGGCACAGACCUGGAACAGGUAGCGCUCUCGUGUGGCAUCACCAGCACCACAACGGUCAAUGACAUAGAGGAGUACGAAGGGGCGCUGUCCAAUGCCCUAGCCAGCGACGGGCCUCACUUCAUCGUGGCGAAGAUCGAGGAGGCGGGGUACCUGCCCGUGGCGCCGGUAGAGCCGGAGUUCACGCUCUAUCGCUUCCGCAAUACGUUCGUGGAGGGGCAACAGCCGCAGCCUCCGCAGUAA